AUCAAAUGGUCUCUCUCCUUCAAAUCCUACCUACACAUCAAAUCAUUCUUUCAUGUCUUCCUAACUGAAAAUACAUGCAUUUGACAUUACUAUUUUUCUCCUUAAUUUCAGCUCAUCCCUUCUCUUCCUCCUCUUCUCCUUACCCACAUUCUUAGGGCUCCAUUUCAAUUCUUCUCAUUAUAUAAAUUCAAUCACUUCUCUCACUCACCAUGAAAUUUCCCUCCCUUCAUCCUAAUCUCUCUCUUACUACUAUAUUUCUGCUAAAGACUUCAUUUUUUCCUGAUUCAAUUUGACUUCCUUCUCCUGGAUGCCUAAGAUUCUUGAAGCUCACCAUGGAUCUCCUCUGCACAACUUCACGAUCUAUGCACCUUCUUGGCCUUUUUUAGCAAUACCCAUAAACUGCUUUGCUGAUUUUAUUGGCCAAAUGAAAAGGGCGUUUCGUCCUCUCUUGAGUAUAUUACUGCUCACAGUCUUGGCUGUUACUUUAAGCUUCCGAAUCAUUCACCACCGUGGCGGCGGUAGCUUCUUCAACUCGUUUGAGCUUGAAAAUAGGAUCUUUGUGCAAGAACAGCAACCUGAACCUCUCCCAGUGUUCAACUCUACUUUACUCAAGUAUGCCGCUAUUGAUUUAGCUGAGGAGAAAUCAAAGAAGGAGAUCGAGCAACUCUUGGAGGGGAAAUUUGCGAGCCAAGGACGGUACCGUACCGUCAACACGUGGCGGAGAUUUCAUAGCGAUGUCAGAACCAAGUCGUCCUCAGGACUCCCGGUAACGCUACGGUCCCCGUUGUUUUAUCGUUAUUGGCUAGAUUUUAGAAGGAAUUUGAAUGAAUGGGCUAAAAAGAAAAGAUUUCAAGCAGAUGUAAUGAAUGAAUUGGUUAGAUUAAUCAAGCAUCCUAUUGAUAGGCAGAAUGGAUUAUUGGGUGGUUCGGAUAAAAAGUAUCAGUCUUGUGCUGUUGUGGGAAAUAGUGGGAUUUUGUUGAAAAGUAAUUACGGAGCUUUGAUUGAUGGUCAUGAGAUCGUAAUAAGAUUGAACAAUGCCAGGAUUGAGAAGUUUGAGCCGAAUGUGGGGUUGAAAACCAAUGUAUCAUUUGUAAACAGCAAUAUUUUGCAUCUUUGUGCUAGGAGGGAAGGGUGUUUUUGUCACCCAUAUGGAGUGAAUGUUCCAAUGGUUAUGUAUAUUUGUCAGCCUGCGCAUUUCUUGGAUUAUAUUAUGUGCAAUGCAUCUCAUAAGGCACUCUUGCUUAUCACAGACCCCAGAUUUGAUCUGUUGUGUGCUAGGAUUGUGAAGUACUACUCGUUGAAACGUUUUGUGGAGGAGAUAGAGAAGCCGUUAGAGGAGUGGGGAUCUGCCCAUGAUGGUUCUAUGUUCCAUUACUCUUCUGGUAUGCAAGCUGUGAUGCUUGCUUUGGGAGUUUGUGACAAAGUUAGUAUAUUUGGUUUUGGGAAAUCUGCUUUAGCUAAGCAUCAUUACCAUACAAGCCAAAAGGCUGAGCUUCGGUUGCAUGAUUAUGAGGCAGAAUAUGCAUUUUAUCAUGAUCUAGUGGAAAAUCAACGGGCAAUACCAUUCAUUUCAGACAAAUUUAAGAUUCCUCCUGUGGUAAUUUACCACUGAAUUUUGGCCUGUUGGAUGUUCUGUAUUUUGUAAUUUGUUUAUUGUUGUCAUGUUGUUAUCAUGCUAAUUGGUCUUGCACUAGUGAAACAAGGAACACAUUUGUUCAAUACCUCUGUUUUGUAUUAUUGCCCUGUACCAUCAAAGGUGGUUUAGGGUGCUUGAAAUAUAAUACUGGAAUGUAGAACUGCAACAGAAAGGAUUCGUUACUGAUUUAGGCUAA